GUAAAUGAUGAUUUCUAGUCGUCGAAAUAUGUUGUCUCAUGAGAAGAGCAAUUAUGAGGAUAAUUCUUUAUAGAGAAAUACAUAGAAAAUGUUGAUGGAAGUCGCCUUUUUCGAAGGGGCAGUGGUUGGAUGCAGAGAGUCGAUGUAACCUUACUCGCUGGCAGAGGUCGACUUUUAACUUCGACGCAAUCAACAUUAACAUAAAACUGAUAACGGGAAGUAGAUAAAAAUGCCGGAAAUGCCGUCGAGUCUUGAGUUAAGGAAGCAUUGGAUCAUUGAUUGGUGUAAUUGUGCUGUGUGAGUACUUCAUCUUCGAGAUGACUGAUGUUGGACAAUCAUUUUGUCCCCAUAAUUUUCUAACUCAACGUGGAGGUGGUGUAGGAAAUAUUGACGAACGGCGCUUUCCGAGCCCUGAAAAAGGGGAGAUGAAAGACAAAUUAGCUUUCACAGAAAACAAGCUGAGAAACCUGGAGGAGAAACACAUGAAACUCUGGGAUGAGCAUCGAAAGCUUCAAGUCGAGCACACUCGAAUUAUUAUGGAUGUGAUUUUGCUUUUGCUUAUUAGGAUCUUCAUUAGAGUAGACAGUGAAAGCACCAGUCUCCUUCAUGUUAUAGCCUAGUCGCAAUACAACUGACUUCUCGAAAGGACAUUACAUGAAACGACAUGAUUACAUCUCUUACUCUUUCGAUUUUCUAACUCGAGCGACCUGAUUAAAGUGUACAAGCAGAGGAGUGACAUUCUGAAACCUUUCUAUCUGGGGGUGAAGGACCUUGUAUCCG